AUGGCGGGGACUGUCACCUCAGCAGCUCCGGGCGCGCGGAGCAAUGCGGGCGGGACAAGCGCGGAUUCUCCAGAGAAGGAGGCGGCGAGAGACGACGCAGAGUUGUUCGACUGCCGGGUGCAGCUGGGGCCCCCGAGAGAGGAGGAGAACGCGGAGCUUGUGGCCGAGGCGGAGGCCGUGGCUGCGGGCUGGAUGCUCGACUUCCUCUGCCUGUCUCUGUGCCGAGCCUUUCGCGACGGCCGCUGCGAGGACUUUCGCCAGACUCGUGACAGCGCCGAGGCUAUUAUUCAUGGACUACCCAGUCUUACAGCUUACCAGUUGAAAACUGUAUAUAUAUGUCAGUUUUUGACAAGAGUUGCAGCAGGAAAGUCUCUUGAUGCACAGUUUGAAGUUGAUGAGCGGAUUACACCCUUGGAAUCAGCCCUGAUGAUUUGGGACUCAAUUGAAAAAGAACAUGACAAACUUCAUGAAGAAAUACAGAAUUUAAUUAAAAUUCAGGCUGUAGCUGUGUGUAUGGAAAUGGGCAGCUUUAAGGAAGCAGAAGAAGUGUUUGAAAGAAUAUUUGGUGACCCAGAAUUUUACACGCCUUUAGAAAGAAAAUUACUUAAGAUAAUCUCUCAAAAAGACGUCUUCCACGUCCUUUUUCAACGCUUCAGUUAUAACCUCAUGAUGGAGAAAAUUCAGAGUUAUGUGGAGUGUGUGUUAAAUGAGAAAUCAUCAACUUUCCUAAUGAAGGCAGCAACAAAAGUAGUGGAAAAUGAAAAAGCAAGGACAGUAGCUUCGGAGGAUAAAGCAAAGGCCACCAACACUGGAACAGAAACGGAAGUUAACUCGAAUAAAGGAGAAAGUGUUAAUGGCCAACAGUCUGUAGAAACUGAAUCCUUGGUGGAUACAGGAUCCUCAGUAAGGUCUCACAAGAAUGCCUUAUCUCCGUUGAAAAGCAGACGUCUUCAGCCAGAUUUCAAUAGGAAUGAAGCAAGAACAGGAACUCUUCAGUGUGAAAUAGCAACAAAACGAAACAGAAGAACCAGUGGAGGGAAUAGAUUACGUAUUUCAAAGAAUCAGCCGGACACUAAUGAAAAACAUGGGCGCAGGAAAAAACAGACAUGGCUUUGGGAAGAAGACAGAAGUUUGAAGUGUGGUGUAAGGAAAUAUGGAGAGGGAAAUUGGGCUAAAAUACUAUCCCAUUAUAAGUUCAACAACCGAACAAGUGUCAUGUUAAAGGAUCGGUGGAGAACGAUGAGGAGGCUAAGGCUCAUUAGCUGAGACUCCGAAGGCUGCCUGGGUUGGUUUCAGCUCACUACAGGACAGUUAAAUACUGGAUCACUGUGUUGUUUAAAACUUCUUGGUCAGUAAAGAUGAAGCAUUAUUGUGUGUGUGUGUGAGAGAGAGAGUGUGUGAAAGAGAGAGGGAAUGUGUGUUUUGUUACAAGAGAUUUGUACUGUAAAAGUAAAAUUAUAUGUUAUCAUUAUUUUCUAUAAGAAUCUUUAUUUUCAUAAGACAUAGAACCCUACCAAACUCAAGCCCCAUCCCAUGUUGUGUUACUACAGAAGCAAGAGCCUAACAAAUAAAGAGUACAUGACUGUCACUGCUUGUCUAGUCCAUGACUGUAAACUGACCUUACUGAGUGCCACCUAGAGAUGGACCAAGUUGGAAAAAUCUUUCGAUGUGAGUUUGCUGCUGGAUUAAUGACUAGUGUACCACUUACUAAAGAGUUACUACUAGAGGGGUAUGCAAAACGACCCAUGAGUUCUAACAAGCCUGGCUUGGCUUCUCAAAGUUUCAUUUAAAGGAAGUUGCAUUUUCACUAAAUAUUUAUUCAUUGCAAUAUUUAGUCAAAGACUAAUAAUUAGCAUUUGAGUUUUAUGUGCCAUGCUUAACAAGUAAAAACAAGUCUCAACCUAUUGAAAUAUUAACAGGAAUAUUACUCAGCGUUGUGUAUUUCCUGCAAAGUGUCAUCACUGCUUUCCUGUUCUCUUGAAUUUGCUGUCUGAUAUAUAUUAAACAGAAUCAUUAAUAAUU